ACUGCGGAACGUGGUGCCCGAGGUUUUGGUAUGAACAGGAUUCGGAUUCACGUCUUGCCAACCAAUCGGGGGAGGAUCACUCCAGUGCCCAGGUCGCAGGAGCCGCUGUCUUGUUCAUUCACUCAUCGUCCAUGCUCCCAACCUCGUCUCGAGGGGCAAGAAUUUUGCAUUAAACAUAUCCUUGAAGACAAGAAUGCACCCUUCAAGCAGUGUAGUUACAUAUCAUCGAAAAAUGGAAAAAGAUGUCCCAGUGCUGCCCCAAAGCUUGAGAAGAAAGAUGGAGUGUCCUUCUGUGCUGAACACGCCCGUAGGAAUGCCCUGGCACUGCAUGCUCAAAUGAAGAAGACCAACCCUGGGCCUAUGGGUGAAACACUCUUGUGCCAGCUGAGUUCAUAUGCAAAGACUGAGCUGGGGUCUCAGACUCUAGAAAGUAGCCGCAGUGAAGCCAGCCGAAUACUAGAUGAAGACAGCUGGAGUGAUGGGGAGCAGGAACCCAUUACUGUGGAUCAGACAUGGAGAGGUGACCCUGACAGUGAAGCUGAUAGCAUAGACAGUGAUCAAGAAGAUCCCCUAAAACAUGCUGGUGUGUACACAGCAGAAGAGGUAGCCCUGAUUAUGCGUGAGAAGCUAAUUCGUUUGCAGUCUUUGUACAUUGAUCAGUUUAAACGACUUCAGCAUCUGCUCAAGGAGAAGAAGCGCCGUUACUUACAUAAUCGCAAAGUGGAGCAUGAAGCUCUAGGCAAUAGUCUCCUGACUGGCCCAGAGGGACUUUUGGCCAAAGAACGAGAGAACUUAAAGCGAUUAAAAUGUCUGCGGCGAUACCGCCAGCGCUAUGGAGUAGAAGCCUUAUUACAUAGGCAAUUAAAGGAACGCAGAAUGCUGGCCACAGAUGGCGCUGCCCAACAGGCCCAUACUACUCGUUCCAGUCAGAGAUGCUUGGCCUUUGUGGAUGAUGUUCGUUGUUCCAAUCAGUCUCUUCCAAUGACUAGACACUGCCUCACACAUAUUUGUCAGGAUACGAAUCAGGUUCUCUUCAGAUGCUGCCAGGGAUCUGAAGAGGUGCCCUGCAACAAACCAGUUCCUGUAAGCCUCUCUGAGGAUCCCUGCUGCCCACUGCAUUUCCAGUUGCCUCCUCAGAUGUAUAAGCCCGAGCAGGUACUGUCUGUGCCAGACGAUCUGGAAGCCGGCCCCAUGGAUCUGUACUUGAGUGCUGCUGAGCUUCAGCCCACUGAGAGUUUACCUCUGGAGUUCAGUGAUGACUUGGAUGUUGUGGGUGAUAGUAUGCAGUGCCCUCCUUCACCGUUGCUUUUUGAUCCUUCACUAACCCUCGAAGAUAAUUCAAUCAAAGAAAUUGCUGAAGGCCCAGUGGAUAUUUUGGGCCAAAUGCAGAUGGCUGGAGAUGGGUGCAGAUCCCAGGGAUCUCGAAAUCCUGAGAAAGCCUCUGCACCAUUGCCUCAGAGUGGAUUGGCUACUGCAAAUGGGAAGCCAGAACCCAAUUCUGUCAGUUGAUAGUUUGUUUGAGGGACCAUUUGACUUUGGAGGAUUUAAAUUUCUCAUUCUUCAAACACAAAUAUUUUUUUGAUCAUCUCUCACUAAACAGGGGCAACCCAUACUACCUUGUUUUUCUUCUGGAUUGAGUGUUAUUAUAGUCAAACAUAAACCACCUUUUGAGUGAAUGAACCAAUAGUUUUCCAAAGUUUUUCCACUCUGGGCCAGUGGGAGAGAGAGAGGUAAUCCCUGUCAAAGCUUCUGGGAUUAUUUGAGACUGUGCCUAAGGAUAAAGAGACAUCUUUGUAAUGUGAUUUACCAGAUCAUGGCUAGGAAUCCACACAGGUGGCUAGGAAUCCACACAGGUAGCUAGGUGGGAGCUGUCUCUGAGUGGUGGGUGCCCUUGAGAUGUUGGUGGCCCCAAUGUCUGAAAGCCUGCAUUCUAGCCUUCACCUCCACUUAAUUGGGCAAUCUGAACCCCUUUCUCCAGUGAACUCUGACUUUUUUCCUCUGAGAAAACAGUCCACGGGACUGGGCCCUCUUUAACCAUCCAGCUUGCUUCUAACCUAUGUAAAUUUCUGUGGUGGCUUUCUUAUGUAAGAUAUAGUAAAAAUUUAUUGUAUAUAGUUUCUAUUAAAUGUUAAAGAAAACACUAUGAAAAUGUAAAACAGUCAUCUGAGUUGUAUGCAUGUUUUGUCUGUAUUUGAGAAUAUCGUCUUUUUUUCUGGGUUUUGGGGACCUGUUGGGUGGGAAAAGGAAAAUGGGACAGAUAAUACUUCAUCCCAGGAAGUAAAUGAAUCUUCAGUAGCUCAUUUUGAUUUGAGUUUUGGGAAAAGGUUAAAAACCUGGAAGAAGUAAAUGAAAAGCAGCAGGACUUAUUAAAGCCAACCAGUUCCAAA